GAUCUGGUUGUGGUGCGUGGGCGUGUGUCACUGUAUGUGUGUGUGUGUUGGUGUGUGUCAGUCAUGAAAGACGGAGAGGCAGCACGAGGACCAGACCAGGUGGUGGGGUCCUCUCAGGACCUGUAUGAGGACUACCUGAGCUGGUACCUUCAGCCGGGUUCGGAGGCUGGGCCGUGUGAGGACACCGAGCUCCAGGUGAAGGCGGCCCAGUUCCUGAGCAGGGAAGCGGACCUCUCACACACCUUCACCGUGUUCCCGUUCCAGCGGGCCGUGAGGGAGAAGUGUGAAGACCCGAGCAAAGACCGCAGGAAACACCUGGCAGCUUUCAUCAAGGCUGCCAAGGUGCUGGAAACCAUCUGCGUCAACCUGUUUCUGCAGCCGUGGAGGAAGGAGAUCAAAACUCUCAAGACUUUUACAGGUGCCUAUGUUUACUACCUCUUGCCUGKUUUCAGCAGUUCUACUCUUCAGUGUGUUUUGGCCUCUAUCGGCUACCUGCCACAUGAUGCCACUCAGAGUGAGUUUAGACUCAGUGCGGACGCCAACCCAAAGACAGCCAUGCAGCUGGCCUUUGAACUGCUGCUGGCCCGGGUGCAGUGCUAUCACCUCCUGGAUCGUCUGGUGGAGGAUCAACUGGGACCACAAGAAUGGUUGGAGGCUUUCCACCGAAGAGAACAGCAUAAAAAACUGACGGAUCACACAGAAAAGAAAAACAAGUUGGAAGAAAUCAAAGACAACAAUGAGGAGACGACGGAUGAAGAAGUAGAGGUCUCUGUGGAUUUAGAGAGCAGCCCUCCACUGAAGCCCAAGCCUAAGCCUCGACGAUACCACCUGAACAGUGCCGACCAGUCCGUCAUGGAAAUGCAGCAGAAAUACUCAGACCUGGCCUUCAGGGGCCGCCCUCUGGUACCAGAGCAACGCUACCGAACCCACGGUGCCGCGGGCAGCAAAAACAUGGCUUCUGACGCUGUGGUUUCAAAAAGGAACAGCUUUAAGGGGAGUAAAGCUCAGACGUUCCUGAGUGAAGACGGUUUCAGUAAAGCAAACAAAACCCCUGAUGAAAACAAUGGAAGGCCCCCCGCUCCGUCAGACUUCAGCACCUCUGAUGAACACAGAGUGGACGAUGAGCUCAGCGGUCCUCAGGCCAUUUCCCUUUACACAACACGGAGAGCUGAGCUCGAAGCAGAGCCCAGACCGAGGACCAGAAAGCCCCACUCCACCGAGGACUAUCCUGCCAGGGUUCAACAACCGGCUGAUGGAGAAAAUGUGAGAAUAGCCAAACCAGCGUUUGAGUCGAUGAGCUCUACCGACGAGGAGCAGGAGCUGAGAGAGCUGUCAGAGAGGAUGGGUCAUCUGCACGUAGAAAACAGAGCUGGUGCGAAGAGAACAAAAGAAAACCCAAAGGGAGAGGAGAACACGCGGGAAGAACCGAGACAAAAGGAGAGAAAAAGCUACGAGAGAGGCGCCGCCGGGCCCAACCUCAAGAUGCAGGAGACGGAGACGGGCGACGCCGUCGGCCACGAUCCCAGCAGAAAGACUAAACUCUCUCAGCCCGAGUGGAAACAUCCGUCAGUGCCCAACGAGAGUUCAGAAAGCUGCGUGAACUGUAAGGAUGUGCAGGAAGGGAAGGCCUCAGAGAGAGGUCAGAAAGGCCGAGCAGAGGACAGGUUUAUAACACUUUGUUGAAGUUUCACUUCAGGAGAUUAAAACUAAACAUUUUCUUUACAUCAACUUCUUAGGGAUUUCUCUGGGAUUUAAUUCCCCCCCACCCAUAUUUAGUGUUCAAUCAUUCUUUUUGUUUAUUUUUUUUAUAUUAAAUCUGAUGUCAUUCAGUGAGCAGGCAGUCAGAUCAGACUAGGAUUGGAUUAAAUAUUUCUUUGUUUUUAAAAGUUCUUUUUUUUCAAGGUAAAGAUGUAGAAAUGAUACAGAAGUUGUCUGUGAGAGUUUACAUUUAAAUCAGGUGAACACAAAAUUUAAACUAUUUUCAGCUCAGGUUUUUGCUUGAAUAAAAUCAUUUUACAUUUAUCUCUGAAGUCGUUUCUUCAAGAUCACUGCUGAUGUUUUUCUUUGUGUUUA